AUGGCAUCCAAGAUCAUCGUCGUUGGAGAUGUGAAUGGACAUUUCUCCGACCUCUUUGGGAAAUUGGCCAAACUCCACGCCAAGAACUCUUUCGCCUUCGCAGUCAUUGCCGGAAACCUCUUUGCGAACCCUGACACAUUAUCAAACGACCAAGGUCAAGAAGUUCAGAAGCUUCUGAGCGGCGAGAUCGAAGUUCCACUGCCAACAUAUUUCGCCCGUGGAAGGUCAUUCUCAGCCGCUGUUGUUGAGAAGCUCACAAGCAACGACGGCGAACUUUGUCCAAAUCUCAGUAUAUUGGGACGACGUUUUAAGACGUCCGAAGGUUUCAAGAUCGUGGCCAUAGAUGGAACUUACGCACCACCCACGGACGACUCCAUCGACGAGUACGCCGCCGUAUAUACUGAUAAGGAUAUAGAAAGCGCGAAAGACUUCAAGGAUGCAGGUACGUCUAGCUAAGGCUCCCCAGGGUCUCCGACUUCACCCCGGCUACAACGUUGGCUCAUGCCGAGAUAUCGUCUCGCACAUCUGAGUGAAUGCUUUUCACAUGUUCUGACACUUCCAUAGAUUUACUCAUCACAAGCGACUGGCCUGCUGAAGUUCGAGAUGGCUCACAUGUUUCAUAUGCAGCGGACCCACCUACAGGCGUGGAGAUCAUAAGCGAGCUCUGCGCAAUACUUAAACCUCGCUACCACUUCUCAACUUCUUCUUCCGUCUUCGAACGAGAACCUUUUUUCCAUCCACAAGAGCCACCACAACCAACAACUCGGUUCAUCAGUCUGGCACCGCUCAACAAUCCAAACAAGUACAAGGCCCUCUACGCCUUCUCUCUGGAACCAUCGGCACCGCCACCCUCUAACCUGGACGGUUGCACCGCAUCGCCAUUCGCGACUAUGUUCUCACGGAAGCGGAGAUUCGAUCAUGAUGGCGACGGCGGGCAGAAUGGCUAUCGCUUCUCAAAUGGUCAUCGCUAUCAUGACUGGGACGACGAUGGUCAGCAUCGAGAGUCCAAGCGGCGGCGGGGUGGAGGAAGGAGACAGGAGCCACGUCAACAGGAGUGCUUCUUCUGUCUCGGGAAUCGGACCGCAGAAACCCACAUGAUUACGUCCAUCGGAGAUGAUGCAUACAUGACAAUCGCAAAGGGCGCUCUCAGUACUCGAGACACCUUUCCUUCUGUCGGCCACCCACUCCAUAUGCUCAUCAUUCCGAUAUCGCACGCUCCAACCUUCAAUGCGAUCGAGUCAGAACUCCAACAACCAGUGCUCAAAGAAAUGCAACGGUAUCGCGAAGCGAUCCAUAGCAUGAUCGCAUCAAAGUCCACGAAAGGUGCGGAGGACGAGGCGCAACUUGGCGCAGUGACAUGGGAGAUCAGUAAAGGAAGUGGAGUUCAUCUUCAUUGGCAAAUUAUGCCAAUUCCGGUUAACAUGAUCAAGAAGGGGCUGGUGGAGGCCGCUUUCGAGGUUGAGGCCGAGAAUUUACAUUAUCCCAAGUUCGCGAAGAAGGCUUCAGACAUACAAGAGGCGGAGAAAGGCGACUACUUCAAAGCAAUGAUCUGGUCCGAGUCGAAGCAAAAGGACAUUGUCUUACCAAUGGACAAAGGCAUGCGAUUUGACCUCCAAUUCGGUCGGAGAGUCUUGGGCAAGCUGCUCGGGCUAGAGCGUCGCGCUCACUGGCGGGAUUGUCAUCAAAGUCUUGAGGAGGAGACUGCGGAUGCGGAAAUGUUCAAGGACAUGUUCAAGCAAUACGACUUCUCGCGAGUGGGAGAAGACGAUGGGCAGGCGGACGAGCAGCCUACAGGCGGUGAGCGGAAGGCCCCCGUGGAGCAAGGCGGAUGA